AUCACACGUCGAUGUAGCCGAAACAGAAAGUAAAUUUUGUUUUGGUGUUAGUUUUCCCUUACUGUUUUGAUGUAGAAAGGAUUAGAACUCGCCAUGAGUGAAGGAAAUAGCCGUCUUUUUUUUGUCGGGAGGUCGGGGAAUGGAGUGACAUCUACAAUAACAUCAUUCCUAUCCGAAAACAAUCAAGUACCAGGCAAAUCAAAAUUGUAUCAGAUAUAUAAGGACGAUGUGUUUGUAGCUGUAGAUGGUUCAGGGAUAGGUGAUGGUGGAGAGGAUAUGAAACAUUCUGAUGAGGACGUUUGGCAGUCUAUAAAAAGCAUUUUGGAGGAAAUUGGAGAAGAUUUUGAAGCACUAAUAUGUGUUUUCAAGUACGGAGUUCGCUUCACAAAGCAGGAAAAAGAUUCUGUAGAUAAAGUAAAAGAUUAUUUUGGUGAGAACAUUUUUAAGGAGAGGGGAAUAAUCGUGCUGACUUAUGGGGAUAAUUUUGACUUGGGCAAUAAUCAAUCAUUUGAAGAAUGGUGCAACGUACAGAGGGGCGUUUUCAAUGAACUUUUGUCAACAUGUAAUGGCAGAAUUGUGUUGUUUGAUAAUCGUACAAAAGAUGUGAUUCAAGUAAAUAAACAAAGGGAACAACUCAAGAAAGCUGUAGAAAGUCUAAGAACAACGAAACCAGACAGAUUUUCGUCUGUACCGGCAUUAUCACAUGAACAAGCUGUAGAAAAUCUAACACCUGACAUAAAAUCGACCAUACCAGUACCAUUAUAUGAACAAGCUGUUGGACUAUAUCCAACUUUACCCCCGGGAAAUACUCAAGAAUAUAGCGUCACACCUUCUAAGCCAGGACAAGCUGAUGUAACCACGAACGAUGGAGAUCAAAUUUCAAACAGCUCUCAGCAGAUACUCCUGCCUAAAAGUGAGCCAAGUUCAGGGGCAGACGGCGGUUUUCAUGAAGUGGCAGGUAUGGCUGAGACGUCGCACGUCAACACUGAUGUUCAGGAAGAGUCACAGACAAGAUUUGAGGGCCAAAGGGAUCCAUUGCAGGCUAUGCUGGUUGAAAUCAAGGCCGGGAACCGCCGCAUUCUGUGGUUCUUGAGUAUUGCAAUGUUUGUAAUCUGUGGUAUAGGUGCUGUCAUAUGUUUAAAAUUAUUUCACGUUAUUUAACCACGAUUUUGAUAAGACUAUAUUUAUACGUGUGACAACUAAAAAAAACUAAAAAUAAAUUUUGUUAUUACUUUUAAAUAUUUUUACACGUAUAUGUAAUUGAAUCCAAUUUUUCUUAAAACCUUUUUUGCAAACAUUUGAAAAUAUUUGUGUAUACUCAAGUAUUAACAAUAAAUAUCUUUGUAUGGGACGGCGUCACGAAAUAAGUAUAAACAAAUAUAGUGCAAUAUACAUUUUAUAUCAGAAAUCAAUUGGUCUGAUGUGUCGUUGUUUAUCAAACAAGGGAGUUCAUCUUUGUAAAAGGGCGAAACUUUGUGAGAACUUUCUUUUAAAGUACAUUUUAUUUUAUUUUAUAAGGCGAGUUUAGAUUUGAAAUUCACUUUUUUAUCGUUGACAGUUUAUAAUAAUAUUGAUUAAACGCUGUUGUAUUUCAGAAGCUUUUUUAGCGUAGGAUUGGUAAACAUCUUUAGCCUUUACAUUGUUCUUUUGUUAGGUUUUGAUAAUAAUUUUAACAUGUUUUUGUCAUUCCAUGCUUAACUGUCAACAUCUUUUAUUCAGAACGAUGCAUCCUCGCCACAAUAUGUGCAUUUAAUUGACUUAAUGUUAUCUAAAUUUUACAAGCUUGUAUCUAUUUUACUAACUUUGCUUGUGCAUUUGUGACAAAUAUUGUAACUCGAUUUUCACCCACUUCUAAUGCAGCGAUUUCGUUAAAACUUCUCAGAUAUGUUCUUCUUAAAUGAUAAUGCAAGAAUAUAUAAUUAAUUUUUAGUCUAGUUAGAUAGACAACUUAAUUUUAAAAUUACUAUAAUCAACUAUAAAAGAAGAGAAAUAUUGUUUUUAAAAUCCUAACACUUGAUUUAUCAGAGAGGCGACGAGGGCGAACAGUUUGUCACAGUUGGCUGAUUUGGUGUCAGAAGUGUGAGACAUGCUUGAUUAAACCAAAGUCAAUACAUUUUUUAUUGACAGUUUUUUUAAAUAAUUUUAGAAUACGUUUUAUUUACACCGGGAUAAUUUGGUUUGUUUUUGCUUUGUAUUUUUGUAUGGUUCUUGUCAACAAAUGCUAAUGUUAAGCAUCUUAUAUCUUUUUUGAAAACUGAAGGCAUGAAAUUAUUUUAGAAUAAAUGCAGUGCCAGUUAACAUGUGACCAGCCAUUGUUUCCACUCUUGAAACGUUUUCCGUAUAAUAAAAUUCCCUUUAUGGCAUUUGUUUUUUAAAUAAAGCUAAUUCGUUUUAUUUUCUUAUUUUCAGUGAAUUUAAACGCGUGUUAUUAUAAAGGUUUUAUAUUUGUUGUAUUAGUGCCUAUUAAUACCUUCCAAAUAUAAAAUAUUACAUGGUUAAAACACAUUAUAUGACAGUCACCAUGAAGAAACCAAAAUAGAUAAAACUAUUCAUUUGUAAAUUAUAGCAG